AUGGAAGCUUCAACCGGCAUAGACGGAAGGCACGAGGCGCCGGCAGAGGAACGGAACGAGCCCAACGAAGAGAAAAGCAGCAUCCGGACGGCGCAAUCGACAAUCGACGAUGACCGAUCCAGCAGACUAACGUCGAGCGCGCUCGACGAGCUCAAUGCGUCGCACAUUGACAGCAGCACCUCUUUGUCGCUGAGCAUCGACACAGACAUCAGCGACGCCGACUCGGCCAUGGGGAUUGACGUCGGCCGCGCCUCCUCGUCUGCCUCGGUGGCAUCGAGCGUGUACCGCUUUGUGGAGGAGUUUGGCAGGACGUAUCACGCAUAUAAAGAAGGAAAAUACUUCCUCCCCAAUGAUGAGCAAGAGCAAAGCCGCCUAGACCUCCAACACGCCAUCGCCCUGCGCAUCUUUAACGACAAGCUCGGCCUCGCCCCCGUCUCCAACCCCCACCGCGUCCUUGACAUCGGCACAGGCACCGGCAUCUGGGCCAUCGAGUUCGCCGACAGGUACCCGGCAUCGGAUGUCCUCGGUACGGACCUGAGCCCCAUCCAGCCAGAAUACGUGCCCGCCAACUGCCAUUUCGAAAUCGACGACGCCGAGGACGAGUGGGCGUUUAGCCAGAAAUUCGACUACGUCCACGGCCGGUACAUGUGCACCUCUAUCUUUGACCUUCCCAAACUCUUUGGGCAGAUCUACGAGAACCUCAACCCGGGCGGCUGGGUCGAGUUUCAGGAGACCGUCAUCGACUUCAAGGCGGUGGACGGGUCGCUUGAGGGUACGGCGCUGCGGCGGUGGAACGAUCACCUGCUCGAAGGGAUCCGCAAGGCCGGGCGGGAUGCGCUCUCUGCCUUUGAGUACGCGCGGCACAUGACGGACGCGGGGUUCCAAAAUGUCGAGCAAAAGAGGUUUGCGGUGCCGGCGUCGCCGUGGGCGAAGGGGAGGAAUCAAAAGAUUCUGGGCGCCAUGCAGAUGACGAAUAACCUCGAGGGGGUGCAAGGUAUCACGAUGAAGAUCUUUUGCCAGGUGCUGGGCUGGACUCGAGAGGAUGCCGAGUUGCUGCUCAUGGAUGUGAGGAAGGAUAUGGCGGAUAAGAAUAUCCACGCGUAUAUCACGACUAUGUCGGUUUGGGGACAGAAACCCCAGGAAGCGGGACGGUCGGCCUCCUGA